AUGAACUCUGAUUGGGGUGCAGAAAGACGUCUGCGUGAGCAGAAGUUGAAGCAGCGGCACAUUUUGGCGGAGCGGAAAAAAAUCGAAUCGCUGACAGCCCCCAAAAAUGGGCAAAUACGAAAGGUGAACUUUGAUGACUUCAAGAAUCAUUAUGGCCACAAACAUCACGAUGCUCCAAUCGAAGUCCUGGUUGCCGGUCCCGAUCUGAUGUCUGAGAUCAGAGAGGAGAUGGAUUUUCGAAGGUCGCAUUCGCACAAUACCAGGCACGGGUUCAACCAAGCCAUCUUCAGUGAUGAGGUUGAUGCGGCUCUCGACAAUGACACCUCUCAUACACAAGCUGGGGACGAAUAUGAAACCGUCGAGGUUGAAGGAGAUAUCCAACGUGUGCGGAUACACUCCCUUACAUUACUGGCUUGUCUGACCUUCGAACUCAAUGUCCAUUCUUCCUGGUAUUGGCCACGAACAUUCUUCCGUCCCUUCAAAGCCCUGGUCUAUCUGCAGCCAAGACUCAAAGAAAGACUCGCCAAAUGGGAGGCACAAUGGCCACGUGCUGAUUAUGACCAAAAUGUGGUACAGAGCAGCGAAAGAAAAGACUCUGAGCCAAGAAAUCUCAAGGUCCCAAUAAAGGGGAUUCCUCAGGGUGAUACCAAGGACAAAUCCCCAGCACCAUCAUUCAAGAGCCUUCCUCUCUCAGACAAUCACCGUCUCAGACGAGAAGACUAUCUUGGUACAGUCGAAGCUAUUGAUGCACUGCGAGUCUAUCUGGAGUUUGUCGAUAAAGAGAUCAUGCCACUCCAUGAUCGUUUCAAAGAUGAAAACGUCAAAGAGGUUGCUUUCGAUGACCUCUGGUCACUGUUUCGGGUUGGAGAACUGCUCUACGUUCCGAGUCAGGACAAGUCCGAUGAUUGCUAUCAAGAGCUCUGGAGACUGUAUAGAGUCAAGACAUCCCCUCCUGUCCCCGCGGAGCGUCAUAAUGUGCAUCGAAAGGAUGGAGGAUGGCCACGGCCACCAAAAGAAGACGCUGAUGGGCGAGAGAUACCACCGCCUAUUCCGCGGGGCGAUGGAAGACGGCGCCCUCCCCCUCUCCCUAGAGCCGGCCCUGAUAAGCUAUCCGAACAGUCGUUCACCUUGUACUGUUACUAUAUCGACCACGACAGUCAUGCGUUGGGAGCUGUGCGACAAAAGUUCACAAUAGGCUACUUUCCUGGAGAGCGUCCCAUUGAUUCAUUGGCAAUAUUUCCGUUCCGGUAUCUCCCCGACUGUGAGAGCAAAAGGGUAUCCUUGAAAGCCCAAGGUCAAAAGUUCAUGAAACUCCUGGAAGGGGCCUCCCGUCACCAGUCUUACAGUGGUUGGACAUUCAUCCGAAACCCGCCAAGCGAUGAGGAAAAUCCUUGGGAACCCGAGAUUCCCAUCGGCCAUAAUGGAGAGCCACUGAGACACCCCGAGUUCAUCGAAAGCGACGUCAUCGUAGAUUCGGCAGAAGCAUUCCAGACCGUUCCCUCAUGGAAGCCAGAGUUCCACAAACCGACAACAGUCAAGCCUCCUCCAACCGCUUCAGAGGAAGAUCGUUUGAGUAUUGGACGCUGGGACAGGUAUUCCAAAGACGUCAUGGUCUUUGAUACUCCCGAGUUCAUUCAAACCAUUGAUGGGAUCGAGAUACGCCAGCGAAAUGUGAACUUGGGGGAAGAUUCGUUUCUCAAAAGUCGAAACCGGUCGCUGGGCCCAGGCGAGAGAAGAGAUAACACGCUCACCGACGAAGAUUUCAUGCUUCUGCCGAAACGUGUAUUCGCAUAUUCCCUUCGAGACAGGAAGUUUGUCAUCAUUGAUCUAAACUUUCUCGAGGAUAUCAAGCAUGAUACCGAGGUCUUCCGUAAUCUCCAGAUUCCCGAUGCCCACAAAAAAGUGGUGCAAGGUCUAGUCUCAUCUCACUUUGAAGGCAAGGAACUUGAGCGAAGGCUCUUGAUGCAUAGACGUGAGAGUAUCAGCCAAGACUUGGUGCAGGGCAAAGGGAAGGGCCUCGUCAUGCUCUUACAUGGCCCCCCCGGUGUCGGCAAGACGGCGACAGCGGAAGCUGUAGCAAUGGAGAAUAAAAGGCCACUGUUCGUCAUGACUUGUGGCGAUCUCGGUCUGACACCCGAGGAGAUCGAGAGGUCGCUCACCAGGAUCUUUCGGUUGGCACACUUGUGGGACUGUGUGCUCCUGUUGGAUGAAGCCGACGUCUUUCUGACGCAUCGUUUUCUGAAUGAUAUGAAAAGGAAUGCAAUGGUUUCCGUAUUUCUGAGGGUGCUGGAAUACUACAACGGCUUGUUGUUCCUGACAACAAACCGAGUAGGCACCAUUGACGAGGCUUUCAAGUCGCGAGUUCACAUGUCGCUGUAUUACAACACCUUGUCGAAAGAGCAGACAAGAGAGAUAUUCAGGUACAACCUUGACAAGCUGAAGGCAAUCGAGAAGCAGAGAAGCCAGGUUAUGAACAAACCAGAACUCCAGAUUCAGCACGAGGAGAUACUUCAGUUUGUGGAACUCCACUUCAGUGAAUCUACUGCGAAUGAAGGACGCUGGAAUGGACGGCAAAUCCGCAAUGCGUUCCAGAUUGCGUCAAGUCUGGCACACCACGACUAUGCUAAUCAAUGCGAUCGGGCUCGGCUCAAUGGAAACCAAGAGCCUGUAGGUCCAGUAUUGCAUUCAGGCUUCUUCAAGGAAGUUCAGACCGCCACGCAAGAAUUCAACAAGUAUAUGGAGGAAACCAUUGGCCACACGGAUGCGAAAAGAGCCUAUCUGCAAAACGAGCGCUCUGACGAUUUCAUUGUAAGCGGACCUCAGCAGCAGUCAAUGGCAACUCAAUUGGCAACGGCUAUUGGCACCAGAACCACCGAGUAUAGCUCAAAUGGUCCUCGAUAUGACCACCAUUCCUCUGCGAAUCCUCAGCCAAACGUCGCAUCGACUUCUCCCCAGUAUGCAGUGCUCGGUCAGAAUCCAGGCCAGACUCAAUAUCACGCAUAUUCGAAUUAUCCCAUCCACAGCCUCCCCCUUCAGACACAAACAAACGCCUUUCAACCAGCGCAGUCAUAUAUGACGACACUGAUGAAUGGAGGCCAGUCAAUUGGUGUCCAAUCGGCGCAAACACAUUUUCAGUCUCCAACGCAACCUCACUUGUAUGCACAGCCAUCAAUGCAGCAAGCACAACCUCACCCCUUUGGUCAUCCUCAAACAAGUACAAGCCAGUCAAUGCCAAUUUUCAUGACAGCACAGGGCCUGCCACAAGGCCAGUCAGGACAGAUACUAUCACAGAACCAGAGUGAGCGGCAACAGAUACCAAAUGAUGUUCCAUCUACGACACCAAGUACCCAGCCUUACGGGCUGAGCAUGACAGGCUGA